CGAUAUUAUCCUCCUAACCUUUAUAGCCUGAUUUAUUAGCGCAAGGUUCCAUCCCCGUGUGACACUCUACCUCACGUUGAACAUGGGUUCAAGAACCCCCCUUCCUAUGCUCCCUAGGAGGAUCGUCAGCUUGAGAAACGGCGUCAUUGCUAAAGACCAGAAUGGCCGAGACACGAAAGACUGGAAGCCGCUCUUCCACAUCAUCAAGGGUCACUUUGAAAGCCUUGGGGUUCCGAUUACCGAGGUCAUGUGUAUGGACAGCUGUGUCAUCGUCGUCCUGAAACGCCGCGAUACUGAUAUGGGCAAAGUCCCAUGCCAGGCCGCCAACAUCAUUUGUUUCUACUUGUUCGAUGAUGAGAUGGGAAGACCGCCAGCACCACAAGCUCGCCGCCUCACCGAUCCUACUCCGGGAAAUCCCGACAAUAGCCAGUACGACGCUCUGCAACCAGGGCUGAGGGUGACGUCUUCUUACCUACCAAGCCACCCCGAUAUGUUCCUCUCGACGACGUCCGGGGUUUUGCUGAAGGACCACCUAGUCGGUAAUAAAUACAUGACGGUAGCCUCGCAUGGAUUCCCCGCUGAAUGUGGCACCCAGGUCUUUCACGCACUACCCGGCAACGGCCGCGUGAUUGGCGAGCUCGUUACGAAGAGCACGCACGCAGACGUCGCGCUCGUCAAGCUGUGCGAUGCGGAAACGUUCUCCAACGUGACGUUCCAUAACGACGACGGCAUGAUGCCGCAGAAUAUCCAGCUCAAAAGAUUAGUCCAAGUCGAGGGCCGUCAACGUUCCGAACUAGCUUACCUCGAUUCGCCCGAUACGGGUCUCAUCCAGGGAACAUACAUGUUCACGUCAUUCGCGGCAAUCCCCAGCGACGAUAACUCACCAGAACAGCAAUGGAUCUUUACAAUAUGGCUCUACAGGGGCCAAGACUCGGCAAUCAGCCUUCCUGGAGGAAUGUGCGGUAGUGCUAUCUGGAACGAGGACGGAGACGUUUUGGGCUUUUUCAGAUACGCUCCAACGGAAGGGGUGAUGAAGGAUUGGUGCGCCGGAAUUGCUGCUGAUGAGCUCAUUGAUCGAGGGUUUACGCUCGCCAAUACAAGCGAUAGAACUUGAGGAUGCCUCCGGGCACUGGCAGCCGUAAGGCCUUGUUACCCGUAAUAAGAGGAUGUGCUUGGAGUGGUUUAGUUGAACUUAUGGGCGCGCCAGUACGGUCACGGAUAGCUGUAGGGAUAAGCCCUACUGCCAUAACCUAAAUAGCUUAGAUAAACGACUCGAGCCACAACGCACGAAAAACCUAAGUAGCUGUAAUUGACACCUUUUCAGAGCCAC